ACUAGUUAUUCAUUUGACAAUAUUUUCUGUUUUCAAGUAUAAUUUAUUUGUACACAAUACUUUUACAAUGUCCUUUCGUAUGAAGAUUAUUUUAAUUUGACAUUAGUACGGUAAAUUAAUUUGCUUAGAGUCGACCCUAAAGAGGAACACAGACAUCAAAGAUUUCGACAAGAGUUUCACCUCUGAUAAAUCAUAUUCUAUUCCGUGCAGAUAUGAAUACUUCCGUAUACAGUGAUAACCUAUCCGUCAACGAUACUUUGUAUUUCUACAGUUAUGUAAAACACUGUUAAGCAUAUCGAGUAGAUUUUAUGUUUAAUCAGGUAUUUUCAUGGUAUUAAAAAUAUGGCGGAAUCUGAUGUGACGAAUGAUUAUGUCGAAAGACUUUCAAACUUGGAGGUAGAACAGAGAAUCAUCGAUAGGGCGCCAUUUCGUCAUUUGAAAAUUACCGAUGCUCAAGUUUUAGACACGAUCGAAGGCAGGGAGAUAUGUAACCGAUGUUACAAAUCACGGAAAUUCUUUUGUUACUCGUGUUGCUUACCGGUAAUCCCUGAAAAAUACUUUCCCAGAGUGAAGUUACCAAUUAAGAUUGACAUUGUUAAGCAUGCACGUGAAAUCGAUGGAAAAAGUACAGCUAUUCAUGCAGCUGUGCUGGCACCAAACGAUGUGAGAAUUUUUACAUAUCCUGAUUUCCCAGACAUAGUAGACAAGGAAGAGCAAAACUAGCAUAAGUGUCGAAUCUCUCUUUGAGAAAGAGAUAAAACAAGGUAACAAUGUGAUAAUCAAUAGGAUAAAGAAUGAAUUUCCUAUAAAGCGAGCCAUUUUCAUUGAUAGCACAUGGCACCAAACAAAAGCUA